AGUUAAGAAAGUCAUGACUUGUCUCUCACUUGAAGAACUUUAUUCUUAGGUUCAAGAAACAGAAUCUUCAUAACCUUACAUUUAGGUAUUAUGGAUUCCUCGACUGAUUAUGUGUGUGCGGGCUGUAAUGAGAACAUACAGAAAGGAUCUGUAUCUAAAGCUCAAAACAAGAGGUGGCAUCAGGAGUGUUUUACAUGUGAUAAGUGUUUGAAACCCAUUGACGGCUCAUUCUUGACCAAAGGUGAUCAGAAGUUCGACAAAAAGUGUUACAACCAAGAGUUUGGUGUACAAUGCAAGGUAUGCGACGACUACAUCAUGGGUCACAUACUCAAGUACAACGGCGAGGGGUACCACUACGGCUGUCUCAAAUGUGAUUACUGCAAGAAACGUUUUCAUGAUGGCGCUCAUCUUAGUGUGAAAGGUGGGAAUUUUAUCCACAACGACUGCAAGGUGCAGAAGAAAGGUGCCACGAAAGGAGAUUACGACGCCGUGAAAGCUAACAAGGAACGUAUCGAGAACGAGGGACAGUACGAGGACGAUAAUCUUGUCGAGUUCGAGAGGGAAUGCUUGAAGGAGCACAACAAGAAGCGCGCUGAUCACCACGUCAACUCACUAAUGUGGAGUGAGGAAUGUGCGCAACAUGCGCGCAACUGGGUUAAGAAACUGCUGCAGCAGGAUGCUCUCAUUCAUGAUACUCAGAGCGGGAUGGGAGAGAAUUGUGGGUACUUCAACAGCAGCAGCGCGCCCAGCAAAUCUGACACAACGUGGGCAGUCAACGUGUGUAAUAUGUGGUAUAACGAGAUAGAGAAAUACGACUUUGGGGUUAACGAGUAUCAGCAGAGAACUGGACAUUUCACUCAGAUGAUCUGGAAAAGUACUGAGAAGAUGGGAUGUGCUAUUGCCAAAAGAGGAACUCGUGUGUACGUGGUGGCUAACUAUUAUCCUCCUGGUAACUGGGUCGGAAAAUACAGGGACAAUGUCAACGAUGUUUAGAAAGUGACGUCAUAACGGCAGUGCUGACGUACUUCGUGACGUCAUAGAAUCAGUCACGUGAUGUUUAGGUGACGUCAUACCGGGAGGUAGUAUCAUUGGGACUGUGAGAGUAUUAAACUUUUGAGUAUUAAAUGAUUAGCGAAAUAUUAUUUUAGAAUUGUGAUCGUGAAAUGUGGGCUUUAUGCGGUGGGAAUAUAACGGGACUUAGAAUGAAAUUUAUUACGUUGUAAUUUACAACCUUAAAAUUUUGAUGUAGUGUUAGAAUGAUGUCGAAAAGCAUCUACACAUAUUUUGGAGUGGGAAUUUCUUAAAUUUGAGUGUAAACAACGGUAUAAUGAUAAUUAUUACGGCUGUCAUUAUGGCAUUAAUUUUAAUCACUUUAUUGAUCGAUUAGAAGGAGACUAUUUGAUAGAACGUUAUACUUUGGAAUCAGUUUGAAAGUUAUAGUAUUGAAGUAUUUUAUUAUAUUAUAAACACUAUUUGAUUACUGUAUCUAAAUGAAUGUGUAGCUUUUGCCAUUUUGAUAUAAUGUUAUGUGCGUAAAGUUUCUAUAUGCGUUACAUUUUUUUUGUUAUCUCAAUUUCUUUAGUAAUUUUACAGUUUAUAAUUCAAUCUUCAAAAUAGUACAGUCUUGCUCUUAAAUGGGUUAUGGGUUCACUAAAGCGAUUUCUAAUGAAAAUGUUUACUCUUUAAAAAAACGUACUUUUCUGAAAAGACAUUUGGAAUUUUUAUCAGCUUGCUUUCUUUGAAUUCAGAUUUUGACCAGUUUCAAACUAUAUAUAAUGUAAUACUUUUUAAUUCUUCCGUAUUAUGUAAAUACAAUUUUACUCUUGAAUGUGACCAGAAUGUUCAGCUCAGAUUUACUCUUAGAUUUAAACUAAGAAAACAAAUCUUUCAGAAUCAGAAUUAUGGAUAUGUUUUCACAGUUUAUCAUUCAAUAUAUUGAUACUAUUUUAUGUUUUAAUGUCAAGUUUUAACAAGUGCAUUUCAUUUUCCUUUGAAUCAUAUUAACAAGUUGUUAAUUUACUGACAUGACCAGUCGUGCUCUAAGCUGUUAAAGUGUUGGUUGUUUACCAUAAAUAAUAAAUCAUGACAUAACUCAAAUACGCCCAACUAAGUCAACAAAACAUGAUCAUCAAAGGAUGUUUUUUCCGGUGGGCUAAAU